AUGAGAGUUGUUGGUAAUGAUGUUUGGGUUCGGCCAGCACGAGGACGAAUUAAGCUUAACACGGAUGCGGCAAUUGAUACAACAAAUAAUGCUAUGGGUUUGGGAUGGAUUCUACGUGAUGAUGAAGGCAAUUUUUUGGCUACAAAAAAUGUUAGGAUCACUGGUUCCAACACAGUUAGAGAGGCUGAAGCGAUUUGUUUGAGAGAGGCUUUAAGUUGGUUAAAGGAUACUGGUAUGGGUGCUGCAGAUGUGGAGAUGGAUUCCCAGUUAGUUUUUCAUGCUAUUUCCUAUACUUCUUUUUAUUCUACUUUUGGUCUUUUAGUAGAUGAUAUUAAAGAAUUGGCAUCGUCAAUUAAUGAUGUUGAAUUCCGUUUUGUUAAACGAUUUGCGAAUUGUGUCGCCCACACUGUUGCUAGGGAGGCCCUUUCUAUGUCAGGUUGUGGAGAAUGGUUUGACAUUCCUCCUAUUUUCCUUGUAAACUGUCUUUCUCGUGAUUUAAUGCAUUAA